AUGGUGUCUGGGUUAAUCAACGAGAAUCCAACAGUGUACGAGAGAAAAGAGCGUCGUGUUCGUACUGAUUCGAGCAACACCGAUGAGUUUACUGUAGAACCUAUCGACCAGCUCGAGAUUUUUGAUAUCCUUUUUUGUUCGAUUUGCACUUACUCUAUAGUAGAUAUAAGAGAUCCAGAGCAUCCUUAUUCUUUGGAACAACUCAAAGUUCUUACUGAAGACUCUGUUGAAGUUGAUGAUGGCAAGAGUUAUGUCAGGGUUACAUUCACUCCAACCGUGGAACAUUGUAGCAUGGCAACGAUUAUUGGUCUUUCUGUCCGUGUUAAACUAAUGCGCAGCCUUCCUCCUCGCUACAAGAUUGAUAUAAGGGUAGCACCCGGUUCUCAUGCAACAGAGGCUGCACAAUCUUGA